UGCUGGAGUUGUGGUACAAUACGUUCAGCUGAAUGCGGAUGGGCCUGCCCACUAGCCUACCGCCUAGCUACCGCCACUGCGAAACGGCAGAGAAGGAAGACGAAGCAAGUUGGACCCGCUACUCCAACGGGAACAGACUCACGCCAUUGACCUUGUCCGUCGAGUCGGAUCCGAUGCAAAUCGGACAUUAGUACCUCGUCGAUGUGAAUUUAUCGGUGCAUGGCAGUCGUCUCUACCAGUAUCUAUCUCUUGUUGCCGAACUUGUUUUACGCCGCGUUGUGAUGGUUCUAGUUAGACCGCAGCGUCCACUACAGGCAAAAGAACUAGGAAUCUACAAUAGCAAUAACGUCUGUUUGUGUGAGAAUAGGGGCUAACUACACUAAAAACACCGAAUACAAAAACAAUCAAGCAGGCGGAUCAAUCGCAAACUGAAAACAGGUACUAGCUGCUGCGGCUCGACCUUCAUAGCAUAUUGCUGGUCGGUUCGGUGAAAAGGGACGAGAAGACGAAACAGAGAUACGGAUCGUCUUUUCAGGCACGAACUAGCGGCUGGCAGCUCGUAUUUACUUAUCGCCAAGAGUUCAUUCGUCGAACACGGCGUGCUCUUAUACACUGAACAGAGGAAACUUGUACAUACAAGAAGCACUACUGAAUCGAAAACUGAAUGGCAUUCGUUUAAUAGUCAAAGAUAUUGAAUUGACCUAGCACAUCAGUAAGGCGCAAUCUUGAUCUGGGUCAACAAAGGCAAUGAAAAUGGGACAAUAUAGCAAGUUCCCGUUCAGCAACUAGUUAAAACUCAGCUUAGUUUAAUGUUGCGAACACACUUUUCGAAUAGGCCUUGGCCUUGGUUUCUGGACUGAGUCUAUUCAAAGAAACUUCGAAGUUGAUCGACUCUUUGCAACAGUGUCUUAAUCUGCAGGAGUUUCUAGGCUUCACCCCCCCCCCCUCCCCGCCGGAAGAGUUGUACACAGUUGCAAUGCACAUCAGCAUAUGGUCGUCGUGUUUGGCCGAGUGUCUCAUGAAAACCUGUGAUUGCGCCCAUUACAGACUCCGUCUGCCGUAACGGAACCUCCGUAAAGUUAGCGCUGCCGGACGUGCGUUCCAGCGAAGCGCUGCUUAAGGUUUGGAAGACUCUGAUUCGCUCUCAGCAAUAGGGCAUCGUGGCAUAGUCUGCAUAAGGAUCGAAGAGGAAUUUAAUGAUGCAACGUAAUCGUUAUACCAUCAAUGUUUAACGUUGUCUUGCUUAUUUCUGCUGUGAAGUUGUGGUAAUAUAUCUGGAUUAAUUGUUGGUGAUGGCACAUAUCAAUCGAGCCGUGGCGUCAUUUGUGUUAUUUAUGCGCAUCAGUGGGUGACUGAUCGUCGGCCUAUUGACGUGUUAAAGUUACGUCCGCACUUAUCUACGUUAGAUUUUGUGGUUUCUGAUGAUAAAGAUGAUAAUGAGUAUUUUUGAGUGCUUCGUUUAGAGGCUCUCUCUACUAGGACGACAGCGAAUGCCACCGAUCGUCUUCUGACAAUACGGUUCUUGGAUAGACAGUUGCUUCUCAUGUUGACAAAAUUGAAGGACGAUUAGUUUUACCUGUCGUGGUACCACAACAUUGAGUUAGUUCGGCACUACCCAAAUGCGAACGGUCCGUUCUUGCCUAUGUAGCCAAUAACAUUUGUGGGGCGUUGCAUUCACCGUCAACGUUUUGCUCAAAACACUUCAUUGAAGUAGGUGAAAAAGCCGUUACCUUAAUGUAUUAAACGUUGUCGACGGAUUAUUGAAACUCCCGAAUAGCACCGUUUAAACUCGCGCGGCCUGAUAGCAUGUUUUCGCCAGUGCUAAAUUCAUCCUGAGGCUUCCUAUCUGCAUUUAAUCUAAUACAUCGGUACAUCGUGACAGGCAAGUGACUACAUUGAUUUAGUAUCGAAACGGAUUUAUUCUGGGCAGCAGGACACGCUGCAGCGUUGCUGUCCAUGAUUAUAUCGGCGUGAUGCGUGGACGAACUUUAGUACGACAAGACACGGAGAGGACGCGUUGGUGAUCUGUGCUUAUGACUAAGGUGAGCUGCCCUAUACCGAGCUCAGCGUACGGAAGUAGCUGGUUCUGUGAAGGUCUGCAUUUAUACCAGCUACGAACUGAUCUGAAGCCGUUCUCAUUAGCCCAAUCCGAUCGAUUGAUCAACAUAACCAGUCAAGCGGCGGCGGCAACAUGACAUGUCGGACGCUUUUGCUGGCAGUCAUAUGCUGGGCGACAACGGCCGCUACUGCGCGAAAUGUUCAUAUUAACCAAGAAGUGUCGUCAUUUCCCCUUUCUUCGUCGCGAUAUCAACAGCAUCAGCAGCACCGUCGACAGGAACUCAUCGAUCGCAAUUACCAUGGAUCGGAAUCAGGCCAAACAACGACAGCUGAGGAGAUUCGGGCCGGCAAACGGCUACUGCAAGUGUUUGGCCUGAAGGAGCCAAAGCUCCGUGGGCACGUCCUGCCACCACAGUAUAUGCUCGAGCUGUACAAUUACACGGCAACGGAGCAGGGCUUCAUGAAGACUGCCAACCCAUACAAUGCUAACCUAAUUCGAAGUUUCACUGAUAAAGUUCGACGGAGACGUAAAGCAAGCGAGUCGCGCAUGUCGAAGCCCUAUCAUGUACCUACAGCAACUGCUCUGCGAUUCUAUUUCAACUUAUCCCGUGCGGACCCUCUUGAAGAACUUCUGCAAGCUCAAUUCCACAUUUACAAGCUGCGACCAAAGAAUCGAAAGUUCAAAGGACUCCUCGAAGUUCGGGCCUACCAAGUAAUGCCAGGUCAAACUCCUGACCAAGAAGAAGGAAAUCGUCUGCUUGACGUUCGGAGGAUCGGCUAUGACGGACUUGGCUGGGAGGUGUUUUAUGUAAAGGCUGCAGUGGAUGACUGGCUUCGUAAUCCGGCACUUAACCUCGGUCUGUUUCUCACCGUCCGAACCCAGAAGGGUCGUCGCAUGCCUGAUCAGCAAUUUCGCUUCGCUCGAAAACAAAUAGGGACGUUCAGGACGUCAUCGGGCGAAUCUUCGGCCUCGUUUGGUGGAAGCACUUCAGCGAGUUCUGGUUCCGUAUCAAAACAGCCUGUACUUGUCGUCUUCAGUAAUGACGGUCGAUCAAGUCAACGAAACGAAAUGAGCAGCAAUGGUAAUACAACCGAAUCGUAUUCUCUCGGCGACUCUCGAAGCCGUUCUCGUCGGUCCGUUCCUACACUUUCACCAGCGGCCCAAUAUGAAGUCAUUGGCUCAACCAGCACCGAUCCUUUGUCAGGGCAUCAUUCUCAUUAUCAAGAUUCGAAGGAGCCUUGUGCGCGAUAUGACCUCUACGUCGAUUUCGAGAAAAUUGGUUGGUCAUCGUGGAUCAUUUCACCGAAAGGCUAUCAAGCUUAUUAUUGCAAGGGGUCGUGCUCGUUCCCUCUGGGGCAAAAUCAAUGGCCGACAAAUCACGCCACGGUUCAAAGUAUCGUCAACGAACUUGGCCUCAGCGAGGGUGUUGGUAAACCAUGCUGCGUGCCCAAUAAACUGUAUUCCAUCAGCCUUCUGUACUAUGACGAUAGCGAAAACGUAAUCCUGAAGCAAUACAACGAUAUGGUAGCAGCUAGCUGUGGGUGCCACUAGCGAGACACUAAUGUAUCGCAAAUGGACGAGAAAAGAGAACUAAAAAGGAUCUGUAAUGAAAAUAGCGAACUAUAUACUUAUCAACACGUUCGAGGCAUCGAAUUGUCUCUAGAAGCAGAUUAAAUAUGGCGGAAAUGAUCUAUCUGAAAUAGAGGCUUCGACGAGUGUAUUGAGCGUACCUAAACGGAUAACUUGAUACAAGCAUAAUUGAAAUGAUGCUAUUGAACACCGUGUGAGCCUUCGGCUCUUACUUGUCACCGUGGCUGUCUUUAGACAACGGCAAAAGUAGAAAACAAAACUGAUGCCGGAAAUACCAACAUGUAAUAGAAGUGCAAAAUACAACACUUCCAUGAAAUACAGUGUGCCCUCGUGGGCUGCGCUGCUGUCUUACAGUAAAUGUAGAAGGACCGUUGACCUAAAGACAAGUACGAUAACUGGGUCUAUCGUUAGAAGCCAUCAAAUCGUCAGUAGCAAUUGUUGUCCCAGGAGGAGAUAAAACAUUCCUUUGCAACUCGUUUCGUUGACGGCUCAUCUUAUCACGCAGCUUAGCAGCCCCGUAAGCUCCAAUGGGUCAGUCUAACCUAUGGGAUUAGUUGCGGGCAGUAGAAACAUAGAGUCUUGUUUUGAGCUCACUAACCUGCUUCAGCCUUCUGUGCUAUCCCUGAAGGGAGGUGCACUUCCAGCAUCAACAGCAAGAUCUGAACUUGAAAUUCUCAGAAACGCUACUCUGUUUUUUCCUACUAGAGUGGAAGGCAUAAGCAUGAUCUCCGCAAGUAUGAACUUUUUUUGCUUCUAGUCGAAUGAAGGACCACUUGUAAAUGAUAUGUGCGCAACCUAAUGUUGAGAAAGCGUACCUUACAAAUAAAAUAAACCUAGUACAAUACAUCUCAUGACUACUUAUAUAAUUAUAAUGACAUAGUCAUGUUUAAAGGAGGUAUAUGCGUGUUGUCUAGGUAAAACCCAAGAGACCUGGGAAAAACCUAGAAUUCUUAGUCCUUUCGAAAAGCAAAAGGGAGCAAACACGUAGGUCCUCAAGAGAAACACCUCUCACCAAAUAUUUCAAAAAAUGCACACUGUACAAUGGACAAUUUCAACGGUUUCAAACAAAAACACUCAUAUUGUACAGUAUUAAUGAAUAACCAUGCAGCAAUCGUUGAAAUAAAAAGAGACAUAGUACGAUUAUAGAAAUGUCUCCCGUACAGUCAGUCAGUCAGUCAAUGUCCGUGGGGUAACGGCAACUAAUGAAGCAGUGACAAGCAGUCCUGGCCUUAUGGGGCGGUAGCUUAGCUGACCGGAUCGGAUGUGUGUUAAUAUCUGGCAAUCUGAGGAAUAACAUGUAGGAUAACGAUCCUAGAAAAACCCUUGACUUGACGGAAGGCCAAAUCCUAGAAUCAACCACAAGGUCACCCUGCUAGUCACCGAGUCAGCCCUAUCUUUGAUUACCAUUGAAAUAAGAUGCAGUGAAUUCUGUUGUAUUGUACAAUAAUUGAAAUGAAAAAAAACACUCACUAAAUAAAAUGCCGAUCGGUAAUUGCUGUUUAAUUCCUAUAAAAAUCGUGUGAGUUCUCAGAGACGCGCAGAGUGGAAGUUCUUUUGUUUAUGAGAGUAAGAAAAGAUAUCGGCAUGUAAAGGAAUAGAUACUGGGAACUACACAUGGUUAGCGACCGCACGAAGUGAAAAGAUUGGUAAAUGAUAGUCUGUCACAAAACAGUGAAAUGUAUUUAGAUUAAAAAAAAAAUCAGCAGCAGAAACUUACAAAAAGCUACAAAAAUUUCGCUCUGUGUCCCUAAAUACUAUUGGUGACGGUGAUAAUCUCUAAAAUAUUUGGAUCAUAUGUUAUUUGUCGUAGGCUAGAUUCCGCAAUGCGCUUUUCUGUGUAAGAAAAAAAAGUUUAAAUGUUACCGUUCUGCUGCUCGACGCCUUCCGUCAUAUUCUUAUGGACCUAAGAUCUUCUGACGUAUAGCUCUUGAUGGUUGAUUGUAAACGACAAACGGAGUUCAUAUGGUACUCCUCAUAACAAAACUAUACCGCUUAGGACGACAUAUUAUGGAAGUCAUAAAAAUGCGCCUAUAGAAUUGUGGCAACAUGGAAGAAGUUCAAUUUAGUCACCGGAGUGAACAGUUAGCAACCUGCUGACUCCUAGAUUUUGCGAAAGCAUACGAUAGAAAAGAGCUUGAUUUUAUAUUGGAAAACAAAAAGAGUGUCUGUAAAAAUAUUGGUCCUUCUGUAUCAGAUUACCAUCUACGAGAUCAUCUAUGGAAAAAAAAAGUUAGCUAAUUCUAAAACACCUACAUUGUUACCUAAUAGAGACAGCUAAAAUAGCAAAGACUACAGGAUUAAUCAGUCAAGGCGGAAAAUUUGGAGCUAAUUUCAUUUGAGAUCAGUCAACGUUGCCUGUUUCCAAGUUUAGGAGCACUGACAGAUUCCCCAGGCAACCGGUUCAGUAGACACUUGGCUAAACUAGAUGGCUGAACGGCGAAUGGUCAACAGCCGGUUGCCGGUAAUGACGUAUUGCUAGGGCCCAGUUUCUUCUCCAAGGGGCAAAGGAGGUUAACGUCGAAACAGAAGUGCAGAUAUUGCGUAGUGCCCCGCCGUACUUUUUCUUUGAAAACAUAAUUACUAAUAUUAUAUAGAUAUAUAUAUAUAUAUAUAUAUAUAUACAUAAGAUUAGUAAUAGCACGACAAUACGUAUAAGUAUAAUAUUAAAAAUUAUUGAUACUAUCAUGUGACAAUGAUUUCAAACAGAGGAAAUAACGAAAUAGUUGUUGAAAGAUAAUAACUAGCCAUUACGUGUUAUAACGAGAACAAACAACCCGAUGUCAAAACUGUAAAGUCUGGUGUGUUCUUUUCGUCAAUGAGCGAAUAACCUGUUAAUUCGUUCGUUUAGGGUUACAGUAAGGAUGGUGACAAAGUAUUCGGUUCCUUCCAGUUCAGCUCCACUUUUGUAAUUUCAGUGCCAGAGUAUAAUAUAACGCUUUGUUUUGCACGAUAUAAACUUUGCAUCCGACGUUCAUAGACUUCAUAAAUCCUUUAGUUUUGCAUAAUAUAUCAUUGAUGCGCAUUCAUUACUUUCGAUAUUCAAAGGUUCUUAACACAGGAUCAUAAUGAUACCAAUUAAAUAUUUGCAUUCUAUACGAAAUCUAUCGUUGGUCUAUUUGAAAUCGUGGGUCAGAACCGUUUUUUUUUUACUUCUUAGAGAAUGCCAAACUGCUUCUAACAUGAUGUGCAAGAGCAGAGAAAUGUUAAAAACGUGUGCAGGCGCAUUAAAAAUCUUGCGUAAAGGUACCUUAUGCGUGUAUGUGCUUUGCUCAUGCACAUGCUGAGAUAAUGAAGUUUUUGUAGGUUAUAUUUUAUGUGACUUUGAUAUUAGCCAGUCUAUUAGAACUUACGGAAGCUUCUGCUGUUUAGAUAUGCAGAUUUUCAAGAUAAUUGACAAGUCACACAGCAUAAGGCAAACAACCUCAGUUUCCCUCACUGAACAAUAAAAGGAAAAGCUUUUUAUUUUAUUAUGAUAAGUAUAUAAUUGGCUUUUACUUCUAACCUUAUAUGAUUCACGUGUACGGAACAGGAGGUCUGUCCACAUGCUGGCUAGCGAGCUGAGCUUGCAAUAGUGAACGGAUAAAUAACAAUAAUAGCAAUUUCAGCAUAGUCAGGUUUCAACGAGAAAGUAAUCAAGCUUUAUUUGCGGAAAACUAACUCAGCUAAAGACAGACGCUUCUGGCGCGCACAUUUAUCAUUUUCAAAUGCGCCUAAACAAAGUCCUUCUUAGUAGCUUCAACAAGUCUGUAAAAAUAUACAAUACGUAUCAUGCACCAACAAUCUCGCUUAAUAAUCUAC